GUGCACGCCAUACCUCAUGCUGCGAUAAAAGAGCUGGAGCGAAUAUCAUACUUGUGCUUGUAGAUACCUGGUAGAAUCUACUAGAGUAAUAACAUCAAAGGAAUACCUAGUAUAUUCACGUGGUGUAUAGAUUUCAUGCGUCAAUCGUAUUAAAUAUGCGUUCCCCUGUCUCAGCUCUAUCUUACAAUCGUAUCUAUACGUUCUCGUCCCAUGCUAGGAAAAUAACUUUUCCCUUCCAAACCCCAAAAUGUCCAGCAAAGUAUCGAUAUUUCUCGGGAACCCGCAUCAAGUCCAGACAGGCUGCUGACGACCCCAAUUUCACAUCUAUAAUAGACAAUCCUCCGAAUCUAGUUCGCACAGGAAGAAGGCAUGGGCCUGGCCUUAUUAUUCUAGCUUUAAUUCCUCUAACGGCUUUUGCCUUGGGGACGUGGCAAGUCCAACGUCUGGAUUGGAAAUCAAAGCUCAUUGCAAAGUUUGAGGAUCGCCUCGUUCGUGAUCCUUUACCACUUCCCCCACACAUUGAUCCUUCAGCAAUAAAAGAAUUCGAUUACAGAAGAAUUUUUGCAACUGGUCACUUUAGACACGAUCAAGAAAUGUUGAUUGGCCCUCGAUUGCACGAUGGGAAAGAUGGUUAUCUCGUCAUCACUCCUUUGGAGCGGGAUGGUGAGGGCACUAGUGUUCUUGUAAACCGGGGUUGGAUCGAGAAGAAAUAUAAGAAGCAAACAAGUAGGCCUGACGGGCUGCCUCAAGGUGAAGUAACGGUCGAGGGAUUGUUGCGCGAACCUUGGAAAAAGAAUUAUUUCACGCCAGAUAAUAGUCCACAGACACAAGAAUUCUACUUUCCUGACGUCGAGCAAAUGGCUAAGUUGACAGGAAGUCAACCUGUUUGGAUUGAAGAGACAAUGGAACCUGAUCUUUUGAUGGCUUGGGAUCGCGCUGCUCGUGGGAUUCCAAUAGGAAGACCGGCAGAAGUCAAUCUCCGAAACAACCACACACAGUACAUAUUUACAUGGUACGCCUUGGCUGCUGCUACGUCAGUUAUGCUGUGGAUGGUUGUGAAGAAACCAUCUGCAGACAUCGCUCGACGAGUUCGUCAAAAUAAAGAAUGGUCUUGAGAAUUGCAUAUUUUUCCUCAUUUUCUGGGUGGUUUUGGUCGUGGCCGAUCUUUCGAGGUCAAGGGGGGGACCAUUCUUACGUCUUGUAGGAGCUCUCUAGGCAAGCGACUUUGUGCAAGUGAAAAUGGCGUUGUUGUAGCAUUGGUUUGGCGUUGUCUGUAAAACACUCAGCAUGUAUCAAGACUUUAGUCAUGUUCAGAUAAAUACCUUCUCAUCAACAUUAAAACAUCACUCUCAUCAAUAGUCUUGCGCCCGGCGUGUUCA